UUUUAGAAAAUACGUUAAACUUUGUACGUUUUUCAGUGAAUUUUAGAAUGCCAAACUGGUACUAUGAAAAGAAGGACCUUCGUAAUACACCGUCUAUUCAAGAUGGAAUUGAUUUUGACACGGAACGGCGCUACCGGAAAGAAGGUGCGCGAUUUAUUAUGCAAACUGGAACAACCAUGGGAUUAGGGCAUAAUACUGUCGCAACCGGCGUUGUUUAUUUUCAUCGUUUCUACAUGUUUCACUCAUUUAAAACUUUUCCACGUUACGUUACGGCUUGCUGCUGUUUGUUUCUGGCCGGUAAAGUAGAGGAAACACCGAAAAAAUGCAAGGACAUUAUAAAAACAGCUCGCUCACUUGACUUGCUUACGGAUCAGAAAUUUGUAUCGUUUGGCGAAGAUCCUAAAGAAGAAGUCAUGACACUUGAACGAAUCCUUCUGCAGACAAUCAAAUUUGAUUUGCAAGUAGAACAUCCUUAUUCAUUCCUUGUCAAAUACGCUAAGUGUCUGAAAGGUGAUAGCACUAAACUUCAAAAAAUGGUUCAGAUGGCUUGGAACUUCGUCAACGAUUCAUUGAGCACCACAGUAUCCCUUCAGUGGGAACCGGAAAUCAUUGCUGUUGCACUUAUAUACUUGGCGAGUAAGUUGAGCAAAUUCACCGUCUUAGAUUGGGUUGGCAAGCAACCGGAACAUUUGAAGUGGUGGGACAUGUUUGUCCAAGACGUCACCAUGGAAAUACUGGAAGAUAUUUGUCACCAAGUAUUAGACCUCUAUCAACAGCCAAAUAAUGAAAGUCCACCCGACAGUCCACCGCAGUUACCUCCUAGCAAAGCAUCACCACCCGCUAAGCGAGCCAAUAUUUCACCAAUAGCGAAUAAAAAUUCGCCGACGAUAGGAAACACUCCCGUGAAGACGGCGCCUGCUGUACCUCCUGUGGUGACAGAGAUGGAAGCCAAUCCUAUUCCAAAACAUAUCACGACGGAUAAUACCCAGCAUAGUAGCUUCGGGAAUUACCCUAUUUAUCCGAUCCAUCAAGGACCUCCACCAUCGGGUCAAUUGCAUGUGAGUGGUCCCUCAAGUAGUUAUAACUCAAGCGUUCCUCCUCCUGGUCCACCUCAACCAACUGGUGGUCAAUCGUGGCAGCCUUUUUCUCACCAACAUACAAACAACUACUACCCAUCUGGUUCAGGCGCUAACAGAAAUAAUUAUUAUCCGCAACAAUGAGUUAUCUGCAUACAUAAGGAUUGGAAAUAAAAUAUG